UAAUAUCCCUGAGGCAUUCCCCCACUUAAUUUCCAAGGACAUGUUGGCAACCCAAACAUAACCAUAGUGAUCCAUCCAGUAUAAAAACAGGAGAAGGAUCGACUAUGCAAUUGCUGCAAACCAUUAUUGAUACUUAGUUUCUUUGAGAAUUUCCUUAUAAUAUUUUCUUGCUUUUAAUAUUGAAUUCAUUUUCAAAACCCAAGUCGAAAUGGAGAGCAAAAUGAUAUCAAGGGAGUGCAUAAAGCCGUCGUCUCCAACGCCGGCACACCUCAGAACCUACAAGGUUUCGAUGCUCGACCAGACAUCCAUGGCGGGUCACAUCCCGCUGGUCUUCUUCUUUCCUCCUCGUCCCGACAACAACGUUGAUGACCGUCACCGAACAACUGAGCAGCUCAAACAUUCCCUGUCGAUCAUUUUAACCCGAUUCUACCCUUUCGCCGGAAGAUUCAAUGGCGACAACCAUUCGAUCGAUUGCAGCGACGCCGGAGUUGAUUUCACUGUCUUCGAAUUCCCCGGCCACAGCCUUCUUGAUCUUCUGCGCGAUAAAGAUUCGACCAAGGAUUUACCGGCUCAACUACUUCCAAUUAAGUUCGCUUGGGUAAAUGAAAAGGAUCCUGAGUCUAGAGUCGUCUUCGUCCAAGUCAAUUAUUUCGAAUGCGGCGCCGUCGCCAUCGCGACUCUCAUUUCGCACUGGGUAGCCGAUCUUACGACGAUGGUGAACUUCCUCAAGGCCUGGGCAGGCACAAAUCGGGGAUCCAAUCAAGAAGUCUGCCCUAAUUACAUUUCCCAGAUUCUAUUCCCACAUAAGACUGAGCUGCUCGGCCAGCAAGUUACCUAUUCUGGAUUUGCGCAGACGGGGAAAUGGGCGAUGCGGCGAUACGUCUUCGACUCCAUUGCGAUCUCGUCCCUUAAGGCCAAAACAGGCCUGGAAAACCCUACCAGGGUGGAGGCUGUGUCAGCAUUUCUCUGGAACUGUUUCAUGGCAGCAUCCUUAAAAAAUGGCAAAUCGGCUUCCGCCAUGGCCAUUGCUAUGAACUUGAGAGGGCGAGCCAAGCCGCCCUUCGGGACAGAUUUUUUUGGAAACUGUGGAGUCACUACAACAGCGUCCAGCCAGAACUGUAUGCAAGAAGAUGUGUACAAAGACUUGGCAAGGAAAUUGCGGGAUGCUGUAGCCCGAAUUGACGGCGAGUUUGUUGCGAGGAUGCAAGGCGACAGGGGGCUCCUUGGUUACCAUGCCAAUCGGCAGUCACUGGUUGCAGAUUUUUCCGGCGGGGCAGAUCGGCUGGUUUCGUCGAGCUGGUGCGGCUUUGGUGUUUACGACGUUGACUUUGGGUGGGGAAAGCCUGUCUGGGUCACAACUGCAGUUGAUUCAUCGAGCUCCACGUAUGCGAAUUCUAUUAUCUUAAUGGACACCAGUGUUGGGAAUGGAGUCGAGGCGUUGAUAAGACUUGGUGAGAAAUACAUGGCGGUCUUUGACGCCAUUGAAGAGCUCCUGGACCUCGCUUGCAUCGAUCCAAGUCCCUUGGGCAUUGGGUCUUCGUUGAAUUAAAAUAAUUACUUUGGGUCCUUUUUCUUAUCGUUCGAAAUUGUGCUUUGAAGUUUCAUUUUAGUACUUGGAAUAACACGUUUCUGAUUAUUGUUUCAAAUAUGUUUAAUAUAUAACUGAU